UGUUUGAAGCGACCCUGGACAAAAGACUGCCAGCAUGCUUCUUCCUGACAUCUUCAACAAUGAGAACUCCCGGCAGAUUGACUAUUUACACGCCAUGAUGGUGGACUGCAGUCGGCUGGGACUGAAUAACGUCUGGUUCGCCACUGACAUUUUCAUCCUGAUCAUCGGGUUGGUGGCCAACGCUGCUCUCCUUUGGUUGUUUUUUUUAAAGAAAGGAGAAUACUCUCUGCUUCACAGGUUCUUGGCGUGAAUCUUGUCCUUAUGGAUCUGCUGUACCUCCUAAUUAUGCCUGUUGAGUUGCUUUACAAUGGAAUGAUGGAACCAGUCAGCACAACUAAUUAUUCAGUGUCUAGCAGUUCACCGUAUGGAAUUAAGAUAACAAAAGACAUCUUCAGUAUGUUCAACCUGAUUGGUUGUCCACUGCUGUUAGCCUGUAUGUGCAUUGAGCGCUAUGGGGCGGUGGUCAGACCGGUGCUGUACCUGAGGCUGAGCAGACGGGAGUAUCGCAUGGCUGUUUCUGGAACGGCAUGGACGCUCACCAUGUCUUUUUGUUUGGCCAUUGGUUUGAUGCAAGAUAUGGUUAGGAUGAUGGUGCCUGUGUCUAUCAUCAUAUCCUGUCUCUUCCUGAUAAUGCUUGCCUCCCUCUGGGGUGUGGUCCGGUCACUGUGGCUGAAAAGUUCUGCCCAAAACCAAGCCCAUGGUGUGUCCUCCUCGAAGAGACGGGCAGCAAGUAACGUGCUGGCUGUGAUGGUGCUUUCAGUGAUGUCUUUCCUCCCAGUCCUUGUGAUGUUUCCUGUUGUCCUUUAUGAGUAUUACCGGCAUUCAGCAAUUAACAAUGUGAUGUGUACUCUCUUUGAAUUAUCAAGGCUGUUCCCUAAGUCUGGUCUCAUCAUAGGUCCUCUGUUCUAUCUGUCCAAGGCAAGACGAAUAAAUGUCCUUUGUAGGAAAUAAAGCUUCUACAAAGGACAGUGAGAUGAAUAAAGGCAACUGCACCACAAUCAAUUAAUUGAAUUUGCUUGGUUCCCCUCUGAUGUAUUAAAAUAACGUUUGGUGUGAAAAUAAAACUGGAGUGAAUUAAAUAUUCUGAAAAAUUCUCUUUUACUGUCAAAGUGUUCAUUGCCAGCCAUCUGAAUACAACAUACAAACAUCAGAACAUGUCUUUUCAUCGCAGGAUAUGACCAGUAUCCAUUAGUGCUCUACUUAUAUGACACAUGCCAACAUACAUCAUGAAUCAAUUUUGUUUUUGAAUUGAUGAAGAAUUUCAUUUCUGUUUCAUUUCACAAGCGAUGUGUCGUCAAGGCAAUAAUGUCAUGUUUUCAACAUUUGAGGAUCCAGUGUGUCACAACUGCUGUUUGUUUGCUGGUUGGAAAAUAAAACAGAUUACAUCUUGAUCCCAAAUAUAUAGCUUAUUUUCCAACCCAGGAAUCAUAUUUGCAAAUGUGAAUUCAAACACCAUCUUAUGACGGAUAAAACCAAUCUGCAAGACAAGGCACAUGAAAAUAAACACAAAGCAUCUGAGUGCUUGAC